AUGGGUAACUUUUUCUCAAAGAUAUUUAACGACCUUCUUGGCGCCAAAGAAGUCCGUAUUCUCAUGGUCGGUUUGGACAACGCCGGUAAGAGUACCAUUCUCUACAAGCUGAAGCUGGGAGAGGUGGUUGCUACCAUUCCAACCUUGGGAUUCAACGUGGAGACUGUGGAAUACAAGAACAUCUCGUUCACCGUUUGGGAUAUUGGUGGACAAGACAGAAUCAGACCGUUGUGGAGACACUACUUCCUCAACACUCAAGCCGUCAUAUUUGUCAUCGAUUCCAACGAUAGAAACCGUAUCAGCGAGGCAAGAGAAGAAUUGCAGAGAAUGUUGAACGAGGACGAGCUGAGAGAUGCUUUGUUACUGGUCUUUGCUAACAAACAAGACUUGCCUCACUCUUUGAAUGCUGCUGAAGUCACCGAGAAACUUGGCCUUCACUCAGUGAAGAACCGUCCAUGGUACAUGCAAGCCGCUUGUGCCACCACCGGUGAUGGUUUGUACGAAGGUUUGGACUGGUUAGUCAACCAGCUGAAGCAUUCCUCAUAA